GGCAGCAGCGGCGGAACCGGCGCCUCGGCCGGGCACUGGGGUCUGCUGCUCCUUCCUCUCCCUUCCCCCUGCGAGAGACGACAGGGGCGCCGCUCUGGACGACAGGAGCAGGUCCCACCCCCACGCCCUCGCCCCCGCUCCCCGGCACGGCGCUGGUCGUGGCGAUCACAUCCUUUGUCCGUCCGCCCCCCUGGCCCUGCUGCAGGGGCCUCCCGGCGCGGGCCUCGGGGUGUCCUUUGUGGCCCGUCGUCCGCAGGCGCAGGCAGGGCUGUGGCCCCCGCUGAAGGGCCUCAGCACGGGGUCUUGGCCCUACCCUGCCAGCUCCGCCGCCGGAACGAGCGGAGCUGAGUCCCCAGCCCCUCGGCAGCUCCGUGACGCAGCCGGUUUUAUUGUGUUUUGAGGCUACCGGCUAAAAGUCGCUUUGAGCCUUCUUUCCAGGGCUGGAAUUGGUCUGCGAUCGCUGAGAGAGAGAGAGAGAGCAGGGGGGCCGGGCCUGGCACGGCAAAGCCGCAGCCCGCCGAGCCUCGGUCUGCUUUUCCGGGAUCCCUGCGCGGCCUCUCGCUGCUUCUCGUCGUCUCGGUCUGGUUUGGUUUGGGUACCUGGGACCCCGGUAAAAGCAGACACGGAAUGGCUCUUCCACAGCCAGAGUUACUGUCAUUUGCCUCCUGUCUCCUGUAAGAGGGAGGUGUGGGCAGCAGCGGGCUCUCAGCAUCUGGGAUUGGGAGAAGGACGUCCAGCUCGAUGUCUCCAUCAGCCACCGUGCGCCUCUGAGAGGCUCUCAGUGUCGGACCCCCUACCUGCCCACCUCAUGCGGUGGCCAGAACUCCUGGGUGCCAUGCCAGGGGCUCCGGACCACUCCUGACUGGGAGGAGGGGUUACUCCAGCCCUGUGUUUCCUCAACACUGGGGAGCAGAGCAGAAAGGGGCCCUGAUCUGUCCCCCAGCAGCCCUUUCAGUAAAUUGAGUAAGAAAUGUGCCCAGGGCCGGUCGCUCUUAAGGAAAGACCUAUUGGGGUAGCUCCUCUAGUGGAGCCCCGGUUCUGACAAGGCAUGUACUUUCCCCCUAACCUCUUCUUCAGAAGUUGUUGCUGGCUCUUGACUUAGUCUCCAGAUGUGUGUAGUCCUACUUUGGGGGUUAGGUUUGGCAGGAUUGAGUUUUGUUUCCUCCCCUUUCCGCUGGAAGACAGAGCUUAAGCCAUUGAUGGGCGACAUUGACUCUAAUAUCACCAUUGGGACUGAGGGUUAGAUCCGGCACUUGGACGCCUGAAGGCCAGGCAGACAGGAUCGUGAAGACAGGACAGUCCAGCUGACGGGGGAUGCUGGGCCUGGAAGCGAACACGGCUUGCUCUGUUGCUGACCUCCCUGGCCCCAGGUUCCCCGGUUAAAACCGCAGGCCCACUGCUGGCCUGGCGCCCAUCAACCCACCGAUCGGUCCGCGAGGCCGUGCCCUCCGGGCUCGCACACGGCAGAGCCCACCACCAUGCGCCUGAGCUCCCUGUUGGCUCUGCUGCGCCCAGCACUGCCCCUCAUCCUGGGGCUGUCCCUGGGAUGCAGCCUGAGCCUCUUGCGGGUUUCCUGGAUCCAAGGUGAGGGAGAAGAUCCCUGUGUAGAGGCUGUGGGGGAACCGGGAGGGCCGCAGAACCCUGACUCCAGAACUCGGCUUGACCAAAGCGAUGAAGACUUCCAACCCCGCAUUGUCCCCUACUACAGGGAUCCCAACAAGCCUUACAAGAAGGUGCUCAGGACUCGGUACAUCCAGACAGAGCUGGGCUCUCGGGAGCGGCUGCUGGUGGCUGUCCUGACCUCGCGGGCCACACUGUCCACUUUGGCUGUGGCCGUGAACCGCACAGUGGCCCACCACUUCCCUCGGUUACUCUACUUCACUGGGCAGCGAGGGGCCCGGGCUCCAGCGGGGAUGCAGGUGGUGUCUCAUGGGGACGAGCGGCCGGCCUGGCUCAUGUCAGAGACACUGCGCCAUCUUCACACACACUUCGGGGCCGACUACGACUGGUUCUUCAUCAUGCAGGACGACACAUAUGUGCAGGCGCCCCGCCUGGCAGCGCUUGCCGGCCACCUCAGCAUCAACCAGGACCUGUACUUGGGCCGCGCGGAGGAGUUCAUUGGCGCGGGCGAGCAGGCCCGGUACUGCCACGGCGGCUUCGGCUACCUGUUGUCACGGAGCCUCCUGCUCCGACUGCGGCCGCAUUUGGAUGGCUGCCGAGGAGACAUCCUCAGUGCCCGGCCCGACGAGUGGCUUGGCCGCUGCCUCAUCGACUCUCUGGGUGUCGGCUGUGUCUCGCAGCACCAGGGGCAGCAGUACCGCUCAUUUGAACUGGCCAAAAACAGAGACCCGGAGAAGGAGGGGAGCUCGGCUUUCCUGAGUGCCUUCGCAGUGCACCCCGUAUCCGAGGGGACCCUCAUGUAUCGGCUCCACAAGCGCUUCAGCGCGCUGGAGCUGGAGCGGGUGUACAGCGAAAUAGAGCAACUGCAGGCGCAGAUCCGGAACCUGACCGCGCUGACCCCCGAGGGGGAGGCUGGGCUGAGCUGGCCCGUGGGGCUGCCGGCCCCGUUCACUCCGCGCUCUCGGUUUGAGGUGCUGGGCUGGGACUACUUCACAGAGCAGCACAUCUUCUCCUGUGCAGACGGGGCACCUAAGUGCCCACUGCAAGGGGCCAGCCGGGCAGAUGUGGGCGACGCGGUGGAGACGGCUCUGGAGCAGCUGAAUCGGCGCUACCAGCCCCGCCUGCGCUUCCAGAAGCAGCGGCUGCUCAACGGCUACCGGCGCUUCGACCCGGCGCGGGGCAUGGAGUACACCCUGGACCUGCUGCUGGAAGCCGUGACACAGCGCGGGCACCGGCGCGCCCUGGCCCGCAGGGUCAGCCUGCUGCGGCCGCUGAGCCGGGUGGAAAUCCUGCCGAUGCCCUACGUUACCGAGGCCACCCGCGUGCAGCUGGUGCUGCCCCUCCUGGUGGCCGAGGCCGCCGCAGCCCCGGCUUUCCUCGAGGCUUUUGCCGCCAGCGUUCUGGAGCCCCGAGAGCACGCGCUGCUCACCCUGCUGCUGGUCUAUGGGCCGCGGGAGGGUGGCCGAGGGGCCCUGGACCCGUUUCUGGGGGUGAAGUCUGCAGCGGCCGAGCUGGAGCGACGCUACCCUGGGACGAGGCUGGCCUGGCUCGCAGUGCGGGCCGACGCCCCUUCCCAGGUGCGGCUCAUGGACGUGGUGUCUAAGAAGCACCCGGUAGACACGCUUUUCUUCCUCACCACCGUGUGGACCCGGCCGGGGGCGGAAGUGCUCAACCGCUGCCGCAUGAAUGCCAUCUCCGGCUGGCAGGCCUUCUUCCCCGUUCACUUCCAGGAGUUCCACCCCGCCCUGGCACCGCAGAGGUCUCCCCCCGGGCCCCCGGGGCCCGGCCCCGACCCCCCAUCCCCUCCGGGUGCUGACCCUGCCCGCGGGGCUCCCGGAGGAGGCCGGUUCGACCGCCACGCGUCCGCGGAGGGCUGCUUCUACAAUGCCGACUACCUGGCGGCACGCGCCCGGCUGGCUGCUGAACUGGCAGGCCAGGAAGAGGAGGAAGCCCUGGAGGGGCUGGAGGUGAUGGAUGUGUUCCUCCGGUUCUCAGGGCUCCACCUCUUCCGGGCCGUGGAGCCAGGGCUGGUGCAGAAGUUCUCGCUGCGGGACUGCAGCCCCCGGCUCAGCGAGGAACUCUACCACCGCUGCCGCCUGAGCAACCUGGAGGGGCUGGCGGGCCGCGCACAGCUCGCCAUGGCCCUGUUCGAGCAGGAGCAGGGCAACAGCACCUAGCGCCUGGGCGCGGCCCCCUUCCACCGUGCCCGGGGUGGGCAAGGCAAGAUGGACGGACAGAUGGAGAGCUUGUGGCUGUAUUUUUUUUUUUUUUAAUAAGAAAAUGUGAUUAAAAGUGUCUUCUGCCAAAGUGUUUUUAGGUCUAGGGAAAUGGAGUCAGGAGGACA